AUGGACGCUGGGAUGGACCUGCUCCAUAGCUCCGGGGUAGAGCUGGUGCAGUACCUACAGAUGAAUUACAGGGACUCCGAGAGCUGGUUCACCUUCAUCUCUUUCGCCGCUGACCUGAGAAACACUUUCUUUGUUUUCUUUCCCAUUUGGUUCCAUCUGUGUGAAGCCGUGGGUGUCAAACUCAUCUGGGUGGCUGUCAUUGGAGACUGGCUCAACCUCAUCUUCAAAUGGAUAUUAUUUGGACAGAGACCUUACUGGUGGGUUCAUGAAACAUCCUACUAUGGUAACUCAUCUGUUCCAGUCUUAGAACAAUACCCUAUCACCUGUGAAACAGGACCAGGAAGCCCAUCGGGUCACGCUAUGGGGUCAGCUGGAGUUUGGUAUGUCAUGGUGACAGCAUUUCUGACCAGCACACUUCAGAAUAAGCAGCAUCAUGUUCAGAACUGGUGUCUGCGAGCUUUACUAUGGGCAGUCUUCUGGCUAGUUCAGGUUAACGUCUGUGCGUCCAGAAUAUUUGUAGCUGCCCAUUUCCCACACCAAGUCUUCCUAGGGGUUAUUUCAGGGUUGAUGGUGGCUGAGGUGUUUGGCCGGAUUGAUGCAAUCUACAACGCAAGCUUCAAGCAGUACCUGAAGAUCACUCUGUCCUUGUUCUCCUUCGCUCUGGGCUUCUAUCUGGUGCUGAAGGUGCUGGGAGUGGACUUGCUGUGGUCAGUGGAGAAAGCCCAGAGAUGGUGCGCCCGAGCAGAAUGGGUCCACAUCGACAGCACUCCCUUCGCUGGUCUGGUCAGGAACAUGGGGGCCUUGUUCGGAUUGGGAUUAGCUCUCAACUCCCCCAUUUAUGCUGAGAGCUGCAAAGGGAAGAGGAGCCAGCAGUUCAGCUUCAGACUAAGUUGUAUAGUGGCUUCGUUACUCAUCCUGCAUCUGUUUGACUCAGUGAAGCCCCCGACCCAGACGGAAUUCCUGUUUUACUUUCUGUCUUUCUGUAAGAGUGCUGCUGUACCUCUGGCUGCUGUGGCAAUUAUCCCAUUCUCUGCAUCACAUGUCAUGAACCAACAAGAGAAAAAAAUGCUAUAG